AUGGCAGUACGUGACAGACGGCCGAGAGGAGAACCCGCAUUCCCAGGACAGGUAUAUCACUGCUCGCAGGUAAGGUCCACCUCACUCUCCGCUUCCCACUUGCUCCUUGCGGAACCAACGGCACUGAGAUGUUCUUGUGGCACAGUUGAGGGAACAGCCAUGGAUUAUACUACAGCAACGGUCACGCCAGAAAUGCAUUCGGUCCUUUCCAUCAACAGACUCCCACCACGACUCUCCCUCACGUCCGUGGACAACUUGCCAACGUCUCGCCGCCUAACUUGUACGGCGGCGUCGGGAGCUUCCCUAUCCGUACCUGCAGCACCACUACAGCGCCCUGCCAACGCUAUCACACCGCCCACGCUCUCUCCUCCGCCCGAGAAACCCCUCACGCCCCCGAGGGAAUCGCACACAUCGCCCUGGUGGAGUGCAACAGCACGCCGGACCUUGCUGGGCCAAGGCAACCCAACCCUCAUUCCACAGCAACCCAACGCCUUCGCACAGGACACCAUCCUUCAGCAGCGAAGGCGCAUCGCUUCUGCUCUCGUCAGCACGUCAGUCGGUGGUCGUCGCUGUCGACGAUGCCGCUGCCCCAACUGCCAGGACGCCUCACGAAGCAGUACAGGCGGCAAGAAAAGGGAACACAUCUGCCAUGUUCCGGGAUGUGGCAAGCUGUAUGCCAAGACGUCCCACCUGAAGGCACAUCUGCUUUCACACAGCGGAGAGCGGCCUUUCGUGUGUCAGUGGAUGUACUGCGACAAGGCGUUCACUCGCUCCGAUGAACUCCAGCGUCACCUCAGAACGCACACGGGCGAAAAACGUUUCCAGUGUGGCGAGUGCGGAAAACGUUUCAUGCGAUCCGACCACUACAACAAGCACGUCAAGACUCACCAGAACCGACGCGCCCGUCUUGCCCCUGCUUCUCCUGCCGAAGGUGAUCACGUCGACGUCGAGUUGUGCGAUGAAGUUGCCAGCGAUUCUAGCGGGGACUUUGGCUCCUUCGCAUUGCCAGAUUCUCCCGUUUCUGAAGCAGAUUUGCAGGAGUCUGAUUUGGACGUCGGAGGUGUGAUAUAUAAUGGAUAGUUUUUCUACGGAGGGAAUAGCCUCUUUAUCGCUUUGCCAAGGUGAACCUAAAAAAAA